GCCGUGGGAAGAAGGACGCCAGGUUUCUGGGGCUCCUACCGUCAUGGCGGCCACGGCCCCCGGUACCGGGGGCUCCGCGCCUGAAGCGGCGGCUUCCGCCGAAGCCCCGUUGCAGUACAGCCUUCUUCUGCAGUACCUGGUGGGUGACAAGCGUCAGCCCCGGGUCCUGGAGCCUGGGAGCCUGGGCGGGAUCCCGAGUCCCGCCAAGAGUGACGAGCAGAAGAUGAUCGAGAAGGCGAUGGAAAGCUGCGCCUUCAAGGCGGCGCUGGCCUGUGUGGGAGGAUUUGUCUUGGGAGGUGCAUUUGGGGUGUUCACUGCUGGCAUUGAUACCAAUGUGGGCUUUGACCCUAAGGAUCCUUACCGUACACCGACGGCAAAAGAAGUUCUUAAGGACAUGGGGCAGAGAGGAAUGUCCUACGCCAAAAAUUUUGCCAUUGUGGGCGCCAUGUUUUCUUGCACUGAGUGUUUGGUAGAAUCUUACCGGGGAAAAUCAGAUUGGAAGAACAGUGUCAUUAGUGGCUGCAUCACUGGAGGAGCCAUUGGUUUCAGAGCACCUCUGUUGCCAGAGCCUGACAGUGAGCAGCCUUCCAUGGGCUCCUCAUUUCCUGUAGUGACUGAAGCCCUGACCUGCCCCAGGAGAAGAUGAGGGAUGCGCCCAGGCCUGGAUUUGGCCCAGGUGAUGGAGGCCAGAGCCCUGCCGGCCAGGGCCCUCAGCUUCCUCCCCACCCUGGGCACAGGAGAGAUGAGACAACACUCCUUCUGGAAGUCUAGGGAGCAGCUGUGUCAAGCGCGCUCCAGCCCUAACCAGGCUUCUCCUUGGCCCCGGGGCACCAGCCCCUGACCACCCACCUCAAGGAAGAUUUCCCUGGAUCCUGGGUUUCUAAGCAAGGAGGUCAGUGUCCAAGGAGGAGGCACAGAGGGCAGCCCAUAGGGACAAGAGGGGAGAGAGGCUCUAGCCUCCGGAUCAGGCCCCCACAGGCCACACCUCACCCUCCAGGCCACUCAGCCACGUGACUGCAGUGCACUGGGCACAUCAACAAGCAGGGGAAGCCACAGAUCUCUCUUGCUCUUUACUCUGCUGGUCAGGGAGGCCUAGCCCUCAGGUCCACCGGGGCCUCACCGAUGCCCUCCAUGAAGGCUGGGUAAAGUCGGUCUGUGAGGAGGGGCUCGGGCAGCUCCCGGAAGUAGAGCUUGAGGGUGCCAGCAAUGGCGUUGAUGUCCAUGUCACUCAGCAUCAGCAGGAUGUCCUUGUUAUCUGUAGGGGAGGCGGGAGGUCAGGGGUGGCGGGUGCCUCAGCCACCUCCCUCCCCAACAUAGCCCUCCACUGGGCAGGUAGCCCUUUUUGUCCCCUAUCCAUCUUAAGACAGCCUGCCUGGGGUACCCUCCUACUACGUCUCUGGUCUGGUCUCCCCAGGAAAGGCAGGAGGAUGUAGGGAGUGCCUGCAGGUGGUGUGUGACUCUAGUCCGCGGGGGUGGGAGGGGGCAGCAUAGUUCAUCAUCCAGAGUCCUGAAGCCACGUUCCUACCACAUGUCACACACCCUCCUUCCAACUGGAAUCUCCCUGCUUUUGAGCCCCUCCUGGGAAGGCACUGCAUAUUUUUUGUAGCUAAAAUCAUGUUCUGACAAAGCCUCAGCUUCCAGGUGAUGCAGAGGAGCCAUGUGCCAGCAUGUCCCCAGCUCCCUACCCCGGGCUCCCCAGACAAGUCUGCUUGACAGCUUUCCAGGGACACCCACUGGGCCCCCUCUCAUUUCCGACAGAAUCAGCACUGCCCAGCCAGUUCGCACGUCCUGACUACUGGGGGUGCUGCGGCUGCAGCCUGACCAGCGGGAUAGGGCAGGGGUGGGGAGAACCAGAAAGGUCAGGCCCCACCACGAAGGAGUUUUCAGUCAAAGUGAGAGGCAGCAAUGCCCCCCCCAGAGGGCACCCAGGACCCUGGAGAAGGUGGGGCGCCCAAGCCAGCCAGCCCGGGCUCAGAGCCCUUUGGUUUUGGUACAGCCUGCCAGGCACUGGGGACCUAGCAAGAAAGCCAGGAACAGACUCUUGAGUCAGAAAGAUCUGAGUUUAAAUCAGGCUCAAAGCUUAUAAGCUGGGUAUCCUAGACCAGUGACUUGACCCCUGUGAGGCUCAGGUUUCUUAUCUGUAGCAAUGGAUGAGAGAUUGGAGGGGAGGGGAUGACAUGAGAAGAUGCAGGAAGAGGCCUCACCCAGGGACUCGGAAAUGGUUCAGCCCACGCCACGCUGGACUGCAGUUCGCAGACCAAGGCCCCUCUGCCAGCAGCUAGUUUGGACUCUCCACGGGGAAGCCUCCUACUUCCACUGUGCGCCCUCCCAGCCCUCCGAACUUGCUAGAGCAUCCUCUCCCCGCCGCUGCCCGACUGGGCCUCCCAGACUCACUGGCAUCAAAGACGGCCUUCAGCGCCUGGAUGUCUGUGGCCACCCCUGAUAUCCGGUAGAUGCCGACCUCCUCGAUGCCCCGCUUCUCCACCUCCUCCACACACUGCCGGACGAUGUAGGGCACCUUGGAGCGCUCCCGCCUGGCAGGGAGGAGAUGUGAGGGGAGGGAGGGUGGACGGAGGCCCCCAGUGAUACUAUAUGUAGCCCCUCUCCGCAAACCUUGGCAUCAGAGAACUCUGGCCUCUGGGAUCGAGGGGAGGCGGUGGCAGGAAAGGGCUAAGAAAGAGGCCAUUGCCACCCCCACCUCCCACCCCCACAGCUUGCCCAAGGCUUGCGUGCUGAGGGACAGCAGGGGACAAAGGUGGGAGAAAGUUUUAGGAGAUCAACCCAAAGACUGAAGAAAGAGUGUUCCUCAGAUCAGAAGUCCCAGAUUCAAAUGCUACAGGGGACCCAGCAGGUCACCUACAGAGGGGGGUGGGCUGGGUCCUGGAGACAAGGGGAGGAGAGCUGAAGGAUGCCCUUUCCCAGGGGAAAGCCACCUCUUAGACUCCAGCCUGCCGCUGCCAAGCCAAGAUGCAGGCCUACCUUGUCAUACCUUCCCACUUACUAUAAGAAGCUGACAAUCGGGGAUUUUCACAUGCCUUCUCCCAACAAUUAAAUGCCGGCUCAUUUAUUUCUAAGGCAUUGUGUGAGGCAGAGAACACACCUCAGUGGGCCACUUUUGCCCUCCAAACUGGCUAUUGUGACUACUGAGCUGGAGGGUGAUUGAUGAGGGACCAGACACGGGCAGGGGAGCCUGGACGGCGAGGCGGGCAGGGGAGCCUGGACGGCGAGGCUGGCAGGGACCCCGGGCGCAGCACCUACUUGGUCACCACGCUGAUCUUCACCCCGAAGACGCCGGUCUGCUUUUUGGACGGAGUCCUCUUCAGGCUCAUGUCUCGGCUGGUGAAUUUCAUGGAGAAUUCCACUUUGAUCUGUUUGGGGGCGAGGCAAUCACAAUCUCUCAGGACAUGAGUGCCCCCCAAACACAGGGGCCCCCAGGAUUGCAAACAAGGGCUGCCUCUGCCACCUGGGGCUCCCUGAAACACCUGCAGGGUGGGGGCAGGAAGGUGGGCAGAGGAGAGGGGAAAGGGGCUGGGCUAAGGGGGCAGGGAUGGGACAGCUCCCCGAGGGUGCCAGCCAUGGGUCGGGCUGCCCACCCACUGUGCAGACCCUUCCAGUCUCUCCGGGCUCACCCCAUUCAUCUCAAUCACAUCCGUGUGCCAGUUCUUGGUUUCAACAGUUUGUGGAUCCAACUGCAGAGAAAGAAAGAAAAAGAAUGUGAGUGAGAGAGAGAUGACAGCUCAGAGACCAAGCCAGAGCUCUCCCUGCUGAUUGGCAGCUGCCUGGAAGUUGGUAAAAGGUCAGGAAGGCAGAACUGGGGGCUGAUGCUUAGCUUGACAUCAGCCCUUCAUGGGGCUCCAGCCCCUCGGCCCUUCCUGCCUGGCCAAAUGAAGGACUCCCCCUCAGUUCUGGGAAGAAGGUGGGUGCAUUCUUAGGCACAUUCGCCCACCACAUCUCACUCACUCCUGACCCCACCCUGUGAGAUGGGUAUUAUCAUACCAUUUUAUAGAUGCAGAAACUGAGGCUCACAAAGCAUAAGCAACUUGCUCAACUGCCAGAAUUGGAGUUGACGGGAGGGGAUGUAGCCCAUGCACAUGGUGCUGAACGGGAGGGGCUGCCACAUAGACAUAAACUGAAUCCCAGUUCUGCCACUGGUGACCUCGGGAAGGUUUAAGCUCACCAAACCUCAUUUGUUUUACUCGUUCACUGCAGCCAGUAAUAGAACCUGCCUUGCUGGAUUGUUGUGAAGACUCAGUGAGAUAACCUGGGGUAAGUGGUUGGUUUCCCAGGAAGCAAACACUCUGUAGAGUGAGGAGGCCCCCAAACUGGGCAGGAACCCCAGGCAGGUGGGGACGACAGGGGAGGUCCAGGGGCAUCCCUCACAGGCGACCAAGGACUCCAUUCCUCUGACUCAGUGGCCUUCAAACUGUUUUCCUGUGUGCAUCCAAAAAGUCACUUUGAAAAACAAUGCACGCCCUGGCACAUUUUAAAGUCAACACCUGAAUAUUUCCAAAGUAAGUUUAAAUAGCUGCAAAGACUAUAUAUAAUGUUCAGAAUAAUGUAAAUAUUUACAUCUUAAAAUAAAACUGUUACAUCAUUCUUUUAAA